UGCUGCGGGGACCCCAUCGGCGCGGUGGCACCCCUGUGCCAAGUGGGGCAGAGCGAACCCCCCUCCCUGGAGCCGGCGGCGGGGUGGGGCCUCCCCACCUGCUCCAGGUGCUCUAUAAAGCUCCGGCCGCUGUCGAGCUGCCAGUUCCGGAUCCCUGCAUCGAGGCGUGUGCCGCCGGCUAACGGGAGAGCAGCCGCCGCCCAGCAGAGCCCAGCGAGGCGCCGGGACCCUCCCGGAGCAGCCCCAUGGCGUUCACUGCCCUUCUGCUGCUGCUGGUGCUGGGCACAGGUGCACGUGCCAUGACCACUGAGACAACCAUGGAGAUGGAAACGACCGAGACCACCACCAUGGAGAUGACCACGGAAACGAGCACCACCACCACCUUGCCCCCAAAUUUAUUCCCCAAAAGCACAGGGAGCAGGCGGCCCCAAACCUUCCCCUACGCCACAGUGUUCCCUGGCACAAACACCACGAACUUCCAUUUUGGCAACAGUUCCACAGGCAGCGCCGUGUCCAACCACACUGUGGGGCCUGUCCUCCGCACCCCUGCCAUCUCCCACAUCAAUGUCACCUCAAACAGCAGCAGCUGGGUCCCCCAUUUCGGCACCAACAGCAGCUCUGCCGCUCCCACCACUUCCACCUGCACCUGCCGCCGGAAAAGCCGAGGGAAGCUCGACCUGCUGAGCCAGAAGGAUUCCUACCACCCCAUGGCUGAAUACCUCCAGUACCAGAGCCACGGGCGCUACGUGUCCCCCAACAGCAAACCCAACCCCUACAGCCAGGUGGCCGGCAGCAGCACCACGAGAGCCGGCACUUUUACCUACACCAACCCCGCCUCCGGCUCCGACAACCUCUGA